UGCUCUUACGCCUCCUUUGAGUGUGUGUGUGCAUUUUCUUGUUGGAGCGCUGAUUGAUUCUUCGUCCUCAAUAUGCGGUUUCAACUUCGCGCGGCGCUGAUUGCGGCGCUGGGUCUUGCGUCGUCGGCGGAUGCGCUCAAGAUUCUCAUGGGCAAUGACGACGGGUUUGGCAGUGGGAAUCUGAGAGAGCUGUACAAGUUACUCGUUGGCGCGGGUCAUGAAGUACUCAUCGUUGCGCCCGCUCAGCAGCAGUCUGGCAAGGGUACUACGGUCAUUUGGUCAGAAUCAGCAAACCUGACCAAGCCGUCUCAGUACGACAUUGUACCGGCGGGUUCGCCGUCUGUUGGCCGCGAUCCUUCGGACAAAAACAUAUGGUACUACGACGGCACACCUGCAGCGUGUACCUUCGUGGCGCUCGACUAUGUGCUUCCCCGGUAUUACCCCGAGUGGAAGCAGACGGCGGAUCUGUUCAUUGCCGGGCCGAACUACGGUACCAACCUCGGCCCCUUCGUCAUGGCAUUGAGUGGCACUGUGGGUGCGACUUUUGCAGCUAUCUCGCGUUCAAUUCCUGGAAUUGCGACUAGCGCGAGCAACAAGGCUGUGCCUUACUUCAACGUGACGGGCCCCUCACAUCCCGCUGCCGUUGCGGCCAAGGUCACAUUCGAAGUUGUGAACGAGUUCAUCAAGAACACCCCGAAAGACCAGAAAGUGCUUCCUCUUGGCUACGGCGUCAACGUUAACAUUCCUGAUCUUGUCAAUGGCACCAUGCCUCCGGUUGUCAAGACCAGGCUGACGGGCAACGCAAACACUGAUGUCGCCGUGUACGACGAGACGACCGGGCUGUUCGACUGGGACAAUGUUGAUCCUCUGGCCGCCGGUAUCAACGCUCAGUACAAUGGCGAUACCAGUCUCCCCGACGAGACUUGGGCUGUUGCUGGUGGUGCCAUUGCCGUCAGCGCAUUCACCAUGGACUGGUCUGCGCCAGACAUUGGAUACACGGAUGCCGUUUAUGCAAAGGUCGACGGCUUGCUGAGCGAGAGCUCAACCGUCAACAAGUCUGGGUACAGCAAGAGGAUGGUCGAGGAGCGCAUGCGCAAGAGGGGCGUUAUGCUGACCGGACGAGACGGUGGCGCAUAGACGAAGACAACGACGAACACGUUGUUCCUACGUACAUUACGAAAAAGCAAGAUACCUUAUAUAACGCUACAUUAAUUCUACGAACAGCAAUCUUUCCGAGUUGCGAGCGGAAGACCCACACAAGUCUGUCGCCU